AUGUUCCCACUCUCUCUGCCACUCACUGCUUUCUUCGCUGCUUCAGCACUCUCGUCUCCCUUAGGGAAUGGGGGUCCAACAUCCCGGGAUCAAGCACAAUCGCAGACAUGCUCUUUCAUACACGGCCCUUUCCUGGCACCUAACUUCCCCGAUCCCUCUCUUUUGAAGGUGGGCAACACUUAUUACUCCUUCGCCACACACCCAGGCAAAGACGUGCAAAUGGCCAAGUCCACAGACUUCUCCUCCAAAUGGGACCGAGUGUCAGAGCCCCAGAUCCUUGAGAUCGACCAAGCGCCAUGGGCCGGAAAGGCCAAGUCCGGCUCCUACGAGAUCUGGGCUCCCGACGUCGGGCAACAACAGCACGGCAGCAAGAAAUACAUCAUGUAUUUCGCCGCCCUCGACAAAGAAAAUACGGAAAACCACUGCAUCGGCGCCGCAACAUCAUCCUCCAUCACCGGGCCCUACACACCCUCCACCACACCACUAGACUGCGACCGCAAACAAGCCGGCGUCAUGGACCCAGCCUUUUUCCGCGACCCGGGUACCAAGAAGACGUAUCUUGUGUACAAGACCGAAAUUCCCGCAGAAUACAACAGCCUUUCCAUCCGCGAACUCUCCUCCGCGGAUGACGGGAGCGAGGGUUUGGAGUGGCCGGACCGCUCGGCUGCCACGCAGUUGGUCAAGGUCAACAGCCCCGCUGGAUUUUCGGAUGGGAAUAACAUCGAAGACCCCUUCCUGUUCAAGCACAAGGAUACGUACUUCCUUCUGUUCAGCACUCAUUUUACCGGCGACGGCACCUACAACGUCGAGUACGCCCACUCCUCCACAGUAGAUGGCGACUACACCCGAGUCAAGGACCCGCUAUUCUCGACGGGCAUGAUGGGCUGCGACAACAUUAUUGGUCCCGGAGGGGCGAGUUUUGUGGUCGAUGGAGAUAGUGUGAGGGUUAUUUUCCACUCGUUGACCGCGGAGAAGACCAUAAGUAAGCGCGUGGCGUAUACGGCGACUGUGAAGGUCGAUGGGAAUACGCUCAGUGUUGAUACGAGUGGAUGA